AUGGUUCUUAAAGUUGGUAUUAACGGUUUCGGUCGUAUCGGUCGUAUUGUUCUUCGUGCUUCCUUGGAACGCGAUAAUGUUCAAGUUGUUGCUAUCAACGACCCUUUCAUUCCUCUCGACUACAUGGUCUACAUGUUCAAGUAUGACUCCGUUCACGGUCGCUUCAAGGGUACCGUUGAACACAAGAAUGGUAAGCUCAUCGUCAACGGCAAGGAAAUCGCUGUCUCUGCCGAACGCGAUCCCGCUCAAAUUCCUUGGGGUCAAGCUGGUGCUGACUUUGUUGUUGAAUCCACUGGUGUCUUCACUACCACCGAAAAGGCUGCUGCUCACUUGAAGGGUGGUGCCAAGAAGGUCGUCAUCUCUGCUCCUUCUGCUGAUGCCCCCAUGUUCGUCUGUGGUGUCAACCUCGAUGCUUACAAGUCUGAAUACCAAGUCAUCUCCAACGCUUCUUGCACCACCAACUGUUUGGCUCCUCUUGCCAAGGUCAUCCACGACAAGUUCGGUAUUGUUGAAGGUUUGAUGACCACCGUUCACGCUACUACUGCCACACAAAAGACCGUCGAUGGUCCCUCUAACAAGGACUGGAGAGGUGGUCGUGGUGCUGGCGCCAACAUCAUUCCUUCCUCCACUGGUGCUGCCAAGGCUGUCGGUAAGGUUAUCCCUGAACUCAACGGUAAGUUGACCGGUAUGGCUUUCCGUGUUCCUACUCCCGAUGUCUCCGUCGUUGACUUGACCGUCCGUUUGGAAAAGGGCGCCUCUUAUGAAGAAAUCAAGGAAGCCAUCAAGAAGGCCUCCGAAAACGAAUUGAAGGGUAUCCUCGAAUACACCGAUGAUGCUGUUGUCUCUACUGACUUUGUUGGUUCUACUGCCUCUUCCGUCUUUGAUGCCGCUGCCGGUAUUGCCCUCAACCCCAACUUUGUCAAGCUUGUCUCUUGGUAUGAUAACGAAAUGGGUUACUCCAACAGAGUUGUCGAUCUUCUCAUCCACGCUGCUAAGGUCGAUGGUGUCUUGGCUUAA